AAGGAUGUGUUUUAAAGAAAUAAACUUUUAUUGGUCUGCUUUAUUAAAUUAUGAAUUGAAUAGAUAUAUAUUUAAAGAAAACUACAAUACAUCAAAAUGUGUAUGAAGUUACCGUGACCUGGGCACACUGGUCUUUGUUUGUUUACAUCUGGUUAUCAUUUUUAAAUUUAUCAAUCAAGUUUAUCAAUGUCGUAAUUUAAACAGGUGACUUGAUCUCCAACAGUAACAACUGUUACCUGGUCUCUGUGAUGCACCUGUUGUCUGGGCAACUCAGAAUAGUGCUCGUACUGGCCCUGCUGCAGGACCUUCAGGUGAAGCCUCAGAAGGAUAUAUUCCAGGAGCACUUUGAGAGUGACCUGCGUCUGUGCCCCGCCUGCUUCUCCGCACAGCGUGAGCAGUGCGAGGAAGUCUUCCGGGCGAUACGAGAGCCCUCGGAUCUAAGCAAGCUUUGGAAAGCCGUAACUCUCCUCUUUGAUCGUCGAGAGAUCUUCUGGCUGGAGAUAGGACCAAGCCAGGAAAAGAGUUCUCAGCUUUUGGCCAAACGGAAAAGUAUUGUCGCUAGUCAUCAGAGCUUGAGCUCCUUGCAGGAGGAAUUCCUUAAUCUGGAAGAGCGCCCUGGUGGCUUUCAUCUUUGUCGCACUGCUCAGAAGUCCUCGCCAUUUAUUAACUAUUUGAAUCAGCGCGGAUAUGACUCCUCGAGCAUUUAUUUCUACAUGCUGCAUAACAUAAGUCCACUGCUGAUGCAGGAAUUGCAAAAUUUGGACUUCCCGGUGCCCAACACCUAUGCUAUUUGUGGCUUGACUCACUUUCAAGCCUACGCAGGGCGCACUUUGAACCACUACACCGAAGCUGCUGAGGAUUUGCGCCGGGAGAUAGCGCGGCAACUGAUCCACUUGUCCCUCAAACUGACCUUUGGGUUUGCGGACUUUCGCAUUUUCCUCACUGACUUUACCUCGGAUAACCUGACUUUUGACGAAGACACCAGAAGAGUGCUACUAAUCGAUUUGGAUUCCGUGGUAAUGGUAGAUGCCGCAUCCACUUCCGGACAGGCGGAGAAGUAUGAGCCCUUGCCCGGAGAAGGUUUCACCUUUGAUGUGUCGGCCUUCUGCUCUGGCCGCCAGCUGGACGCAAAUGUCUACCAGGCGUGCCUUCUGCUCAGGGACUUCCUGCUCAAGGACCUCGACAACGAAAGACUGCAGCUGCUUCUAGAGAAGUGCGUUGAGUGCCAAGAUGACCUAUGUGAUAUGCGCUUUCAGUACGCCUACGAUUUGAUAAAACUGCUGGACAGUUAGCCCAGAAUUUGAGAUAAUUUAGUAGUUAUUCGUUUAUAAUCAUACAACAUAUCCAUUACAAUCAAUUUACUGUCUAAA